GGGUGGUUGCAGCUUUUGCUACAUGCCUUGCCAGCGCCGGAGCCUGCGGUCCAACUGCGCUGCUGCCGGAGCGCUCAGUGCCGCCUCCGCUGCCCGCUCCCCCCGCGCCCCACUCCGAACCCGCUGGUCGCCCGCCGCGCUGCUGCCCGGCUCCCGUGCUGCCGCCGCCGCCGCCGCCCCCCGACGCCUGGGUGAUGCUGGACAUGGGAGAUAGGAAAGAGGUGAAAAUGAUUCCCAAGUCCUCGUUCAGCAUCAACAGCCUGGUCCCCGAGGCCGUCCAGAACGACAACCACCACGCGAGCCACGGCCACCACAACAGCCACCACCCCCAGCAUCACCAUCAUCAUCACCACCACCACCACCCGCCGCCGCCCGCGCCCCAGCCGCCUCCACCGCCGCCCCAGCAGCAGCAGCAGCAGCCGCCCCCGGCCCCGCAGCCCCCGCAGGCGCGCGGCGCCCCAGCAGCCGACGACGACAAGGGUCCCCAGCCGCUCCUGCUCCCGCCCUCUGCCGCCCUGGACGGGGCCAAGGCUGACGCACUUGGAGCCAAAGGAGAGCCGGGCGGCGGGCCGGCGGAGCUGGCGCCCGUCGGGCCGGACGAGAAGGAGAAGGGCGCGGGCGCCGGGGGGGAGGAGAAGAAAGGGGCGGGCGAGGGCGGCAAGGACGGGGAGGGGGGCAAGGAGGGCGACAAGAAGAACGGCAAGUACGAGAAGCCGCCGUUCAGCUACAACGCGCUCAUCAUGAUGGCCAUCAGGCAGAGUCCCGAGAAGCGCCUGACGCUCAAUGGCAUCUACGAGUUCAUCAUGAAGAACUUCCCCUACUACCGCGAGAACAAGCAGGGCUGGCAGAACUCCAUCCGCCACAACCUGUCCCUCAACAAGUGCUUCGUGAAGGUACCGCGCCACUACGACGACCCGGGCAAGGGCAACUACUGGAUGCUCGACCCGUCGAGCGACGACGUGUUCAUCGGCGGCACGACCGGCAAGCUGCGGCGCCGCUCCACCACGUCUCGGGCCAAGCUGGCCUUUAAGCGCGGGGCGCGCCUCACCUCCACCGGCCUCACCUUCAUGGACCGCGCCGGCUCCCUCUACUGGCCCAUGUCGCCCUUCCUGUCCCUGCACCACCCCCGCGCCAGCAGCACUUUGAGUUACAACGGGACCACGUCGGCCUACCCCAGCCACCCCAUGCCCUACAGCUCCGUGUUGACUCAAAACUCGCUGGGCAACAACCACUCCUUCUCCACCGCCAACGGGCUGAGUGUGGACCGGCUGGUCAACGGGGAGAUCCCGUACGCCACGCACCACCUCACGGCCGCUGCGCUCGCCGCCUCGGUGCCCUGCGGCCUGUCGGUGCCCUGCUCCGGGACCUACUCCCUCAACCCCUGCUCUGUCAACCUGCUCGCGGGCCAGACCAGUUACUUUUUCCCCCACGUCCCGCACCCGUCAAUGACUUCGCAGACCAGCACGUCCAUGAGCGCCCGGGCCGCGUCCUCCUCUACGUCGCCGCAGGCCCCCUCGACCCUGCCCUGUGAGUCUUUAAGACCCUCUUUGCCAAGUUUUACGACAGGACUGUCCGGGGGACUGUCUGAUUAUUUCACACAUCAAAAUCAGGGGUCUUCUUCCAACCCUUUAAUACAUUAACAUCCGGGGGACCAGACUGUAAGUGAACGUUUUACACACAUUUGCAUUGUAAAUGAUAAUUAAAAAAAUAAGUCCAGGUAUUUUUUAUUAAGCCCUCCCCCUCCCCAUUUCUGUACGUUUGUUCAGUCUUUAGGGUUGUUUACUAUUCUAACACGGUGUGGAGUGUCAGCGAGGUGCAAUGUGGGAGAAUACAUUGUAGAAUAUAAGGUUUGGACGUCAAAUUAUAGUAGAAUGUGUAUCUAAAUAGUGACUGCUUUGCCAUUUCAUUCAAACCUGACAAGUCUAUCUCAACAGGCUGCCAGAUUUCCAUGUGUGCAGUAUUAUAAGUUAUCAUGGAGCUAUCUGGUGGACGCAGGCCUUGAGAACAACCUAAAUUAUGAAGAGAGUUUUAAAAUGUUAAACUGUAAUUUGUAUUUAAGAAUUUGUAGUAAAGGUGCCCAAGGAAUUAUAUUGGCCAUUUAUUGUUUUGUCCUUUUUCUUUAAAGAACUGUUUCUUUCCUUUUGUUUACUUUUAGACCAAAGAUUGGAUUCUAGCAAAUGCACUCGGUAUACUAAGUAUUAAAACAAGUAAACAAACAAACGAAAAAGGAAGGUUGUUUAGUUGGCAACACUGCCCAUUCAAUUGAAUCCGAAGGAGACAAAAUUAAGGAUUGCCUUCAGUUUGUGUUGUGUAUAUUUCGAUGUAUGUGGUCACUAACAGGUCACUUUUAUUUUUUCUAAAUGUAGUGAAAUGUUAAUACCUAUUGUACUUAUAGGUAAACCUUGCAAAUAUGUAACCUGUGUUGCGCAAAUGCCGCAUCAAUUUGAGUGAUUGUUAAUGUUGUCUUAAAAUUUCUUGAUUGUGAUACUGUGGUCAUAUGCCCGUGUUUGUCACUUACAAAAAUGUUUACUAUGAACACACAGAAAUAAAAAAUAGGCUAAAUUCAUA